AUGUUUAGGAAUAAUAAUAACGAUAAUAAUAAUAAUGAUAAUGGCUUUGAUGAUGAAAAUAAAGGUAUUUUCUUAGAUAGUAAGAUAGAGAUUAGUGAUGAAACGUCAUUAAUUCAUAAACCUUAUCAUGAUGAUUACGACGAAAAUGGAUUAAUCAAUAAUAAUAAUAAUAGUCAUAAUAAUAAUAAUGGUGGUAACAAUAACAACCAUGGUCCAUCAAAAGUUACUCAUAGAAGAGGUAAACAUACAUUCACAGAAGCAGAUAAAUUAAAAAUGACAAAAUUUGAAAGUUUAGAUUUUCCAAUUAUUGAUAAUCAAAUUUAUAGAGAAUAUAUAAGAAGGACAUCAAAAUUAAAUCAUAUGUUAAAAACAUUUGGUAAAUGGAUAAUUUGUUUUAUGAUUGGUGUAUUAGUUGGUAUAACGGCAUAUUUGGUUAAACAAAGUGUUGAAUUUGUAAAUGAAUUCAAAUUUGAUCAAUCAGGAAAAUAUUUAGAAGAUGAAAGAAAGUUUAUAGCAUUUUUAGUUUAUUAUUCAAUCAAUAUAUUAUUUGGUGUUAGUGCAUCAUUGGUUAUUAUACCAGUGGGUCAAAUCGCAUCGGGUUCAGGUAUACCAGAGGUAAAGGGUUAUUUGAAUGGUAUACGUAUUCCUCAAUCGAUGAAUGUGAAAACAUUGGUUGGUAAAUUGGUGUCAUUAAUACUCGCCUACUCUAGCGGACUAAUAUUGGGACCUGAGGGACCGAUGAUUCACAUUGGAAGUAUGUUGGGUGGAGCAAUUGGCCAAGUUAAAUCAAAAACAUUGAAAUGGUAUCCCAAGGUGCUUUGGAAGUACCAUAACGACCGUGACAGAAGAGACUUCAUAUCAACUGGUGCUGCUGCUGGUGUCGCCGCUGCUUUUGGUGCACCCAUUGGCGGUGUUUUGUUUGGCUUUGAAGAGGCUUCAUCAUUUUGGUCACGUCAAUUAACUUGGAGAACUUUCUUUGCUUGUUUAAUCGCCACAUUCACCACCAAUAUCAUUCUACAGGGUUUCGAUAUGCAACUUCAUGACUAUGGUGUAUUGAAAUUUGGUCUCUCCAAUAAAUAUCUUUACAAAUAUUCAGAGUUAAUUCCAUUCGCAUUGAUAGGUGUUGCAGGUGGUUUAUUCGGUGCAUUAUUUGUCAAUUUAAAUGCACAUUUAUCUCAAUGGAGAAGUAAAUUCUUUGCAAAUAAAAAGAUUUAUUUACGUGUUUUAGAGGUUUUCAUUUUAAUUACAAUUACAUCAACCAUUUUAUAUUGUUGUGCAGCUUUUACACCAUGUCGUUCAAAAACUCAGGCAAAUGGUUCACAAACAAAUUCUUUAGAUACCUCAUCCUCCUCAAUUUUAUCAUCAUCAGGUGAUAAUUCAAAAAAUUCAACAAAACUUUUUAAAUUAUUAAAUAAUGCAAGUGGUGAAGAUAAACAAGAAGAUAAAUUCAUUGCAUUCUUUUGUGAACAAGGUGAAUAUAAUCAAAUGGCAGGUUUAUCAUUUAAUAGUUUAGAUGCAGCAUUACGUUUAUUAUUUAGUACAAGUACCGAUAUUUUCACAAUACCAACUUUAGCAGUAUUUUCCUUGAUUUCAUUCAUUUUAACUACAAUCACUAGUGGUUUAAUGUUGGCAAGUGGUUUAUUCAUUCCAAUGAUGUUAGUUGGUGCUACCUUUGGUAGAUUGGUUGGUCAAGUGAUUGCAUUAUUCGUAUCUGUGGAUCCAUGUAUCUAUGCUUUGGUUGGUGCUUCAGCUAUGAUGGCAGGUUUUUCACGUAUGACCAUUUCCUUGGCAAUUAUUAUGGUGGAAUUAACAGAGGGUACACAAUAUAUGCUUCCUGUGAUCUUAUCAGUUAUGAUUGCCAAAUGGGUUGGUGAUUUCUUUAAUGAAUCCAUUUAUGAACAUUUAAUUGAACAGAAAUGUUAUCCAUUCCUUCAAUCACAACCUCCAAAAUCAAUGAUCAAAUUGGGUGUAGUCGAUAUUAUGAAGACUGAAGUCGUGACAUUGCAUGAGGUGGAGCGUGUUAGCAAGGUUAUUGAAGUAUUGAAGUCAGAACAACAUUUCCACAAUGGCUUCCCAGUUAUUGAACGUCCAAGACCACUCGAUCCAAAUAGGAAGGAUGCUUAUGGCAAUUUAGAAUACUAUGAAGAUGAAACCACCUAUAGUGGUUUAAUAUUACGUAAUCAAUUGAUUUGUUUACUCUAUUAUAGAAUCUUUUGUCAUGAACAACCAUUACCUCAAAAUCCACGUUUACUUGGAGGCAAUUCAAAUAGACGUUACAAUCAACGUCGUUUUGGUCGUCCAACCGAAUAUGGCUACGCUCCUGCUGAUCCAAGAAUGACCUAUGAACUAAUGACUCAAUCAUUGGCAAGACAUUUCCCACCAAUCGAUAAAAUGAACCUUAAAAAAGAAGAGAUCGAAACAAUGUAUAUCGAUCUUAGACCCUAUAUGAAUCUAAGUACAAUCGUUGCAAAUGAAACUUAUUCCUACUCGGAAACUUAUUCAAUUUUUAGAACUAUUGGUCUUAGACAUUUACCUGUUGUAAAUAAAAAGAAUGAAGUUGUUGGUAUUGUAACAAGAAAAGAUCUUUUAUAA